AAUGAUUUCUGCAGCUUUGCAUUCCAAACAAAACAUAAAUAUAUAUUGUAAGUUCUGUGGUGUUAGUGUGUAUGAAAUUUAGUAUUCAUUGGCGAUUAGUGUUUUAUGAUUUAGGGAUCUCAGUCGACAUCUAGGGAUAAAUAAGAUUCGAGUUGGGGAUAAACCGUUCCGCCCAUCUGGCAACACUGGCAGUGAGCCAACCUGAAAUCCUUAGUUUCGUGCUUGGAUAUGGAUUUCUGAAAUGUAUUCAAACACGAAAAUCUCCUAACAAAUAAUACAAUAUCUUCUUUUAUAAGCUUGCAGGUUCAAAGGCUAGAAAUUAUUUUAAAGACUGUUGAAAUUAUAUAAUUUUUUUUUACAAAAUGGCUGAGUACGUGUUUAACGAUACAGAUUUAAUGACAAGAAACAAAAGUCGAAGAAAACGACGAGACGUUAAAGAACCAAUACCAAUGCAAUCAGUCCCAGCUUAUCAGCUGCCACAAGAACUCGUCGAAGUUUUGAAGCAAAAUAUUCAUCAUUAUCCUGGGAUUUCCGAUGAGGGAAAGGAGUGGCUCAGUUGUCUAAAAAAUUUGCCGGAAAUUAAAGAUAUCGAGGAGACGAAUUAUUUGACAACUCUGAGACUGCUCCUGUAUUUGGAGGAUUAUUUCAAUGAGGAAGAGCGGGACCUCUUCGUUUUAAGGAAUCAAACAAUUCGCAGAUCGGACGGCUCUCAGGAUCACUUUGUGAUCAAAGUUCCAGGCCUUGCUGAGGACCAUCUCAUUCCAACGGAUGUCAUUGAAGUUCACGAUUUGCGGAAUCCGAGGAAAUAUAAUUUGGAAGUCACUUUAGUCGUUGAGAACUACGUCACCGUCAAAGGCGAUCAUAGAUUCCUCAAUAUUUAUGACGAUGAUCUUCGAUUUGACGUGAUGUUUCAGCGUUCAAAUUGGCCAAUUCGUGCCUGUCAUUUUGGGCUUAAGAUGAUAAAUAAUUCUAGUUUAUCACCCUUGUUGAAUCCUGUUGAAGGGGACUACUGCAACAAGCCGAAAGUAGGAUUGUUCUGGUUCGACGAGAAAGUAAAGAAUAAUCCCGAGCAGAUGCAGGCCGUGCAGAGAAUUUUGGGACGGACCGCGUGUCCCUCGCCUUAUCUGGUUUUUGGCCCGCCUGGAACUGGAAAAACGGCGACAAUUGUCGAGGCAAUUUCCCAGAUUUGGAAAAGUGAUCCAUUGAAAAGUCGAAUUUUAGUCUGCACUCCUUCAAAUGCGGCCGCGGACGAAAUUGCGAGGCGCUUACUACGAAAUAUGUCGCAAUAUUUGAUUUGUCGAAUGAACAGUCCAUCCAGAGACAAGGAUGACAUAGACGAAAGUAUUCGUGGCUGCUCGCAUUUCUUCAUGACCAAGGAACUCCUCACCCGAAAGAAAAUAAUCAUAACGACCCUCAUAACAUGCGUCAGACUAGUAAGAAUGGAUUUUUGGCAGAACCAUUUUGGCUAUAUUUUCAUUGAUGAGGCAGCGCAGGCAACACAACCGGAAACUUUAAUUCCCUUAGGAUUAUUGAGUCCCGAAAAUGAAGGUUUUAUCGGAAGAUUUGACGGUCAGCUCGUUUUGUCUGGAGACCCGAAACAGUUGGGACCAAUUGUCAGUACAAAAAUUGGUCAACAUCUUUUAGGUAACAAUCAAUUCUUUUCAGAUCUACAUCAUUUAAAAAAAUAUUAA